UGUGAAAUGGGAAAACGCAGUGGGAUAAGUUCAUUGCUAUUAUCAUAUCGUAUCUAACUUUACAAAAAUAAAUAUUGCUAGCAGCAAGUUGCACGGUUGAACUCUGCAUUUCAGUGACUUACAAUUCGACGAGAUGUAAGACUAGAAUUUCCAGUUGUACACGAUGAAAAAAAAGACGGAGAGAGGGAUCGCAAACAAUUUUGCAGCUUGGUCGACAAAUCAUCGACAGUUCGUCAUGACGACAAAUCACGGAUAGAUAAUACCGACGCUGGACAAUCCUAUUUAAUCAGUUCGCUUUAGUUUUCAUUGAUUGAGACCUCGUGUCUUAUCGUAAAGAGAUUCGUGAAACACUUCAUUUUAAUAUACGCCAGUGACGUAUCGAAGAUUUCCUUCUCCAACCGUGUGUGCUAACGACUGUCACGUCCUUCGUGAAACUCGCUGAACGUCACAAAGCAGUGACGUAGAGUUGUGAAACGACGUGAGACGAAGCGAAGACAGUGAACGAAGCGAUAGGAUGUUAAUAUUAGUCGAGUCGUUUACAAAUUUCAGCGACGCGUCGGAUUACGUCUAAUUUUUUUUUAUGUGACAUACAUUUUUACGGGGUGUGAAAACACGAGUUUAACUGUGUCGAAGUUCCAGCUGCGACCUUCGGAGGCGCGUGGUAUCACCGGCAAUAGUGUCCGACAGUACAGAAUCAUUAUAAGAUUAACAUUUACUUUAUGAACGUGUUUUCAUAAUUAUAUAAAUUUUAUAUAUAUAUAUAUAUAUAUAUAUAUAUAUAUAUAUAUUAUAUGUAUCGCGUGUGUAAAUGUACAGUGAGUGGCAUGCACAAAGUAUUUGAAAACCGUACAAUUUUUGAGAGCUCCGUUCAUCGAUAUCUUCCUCUAGAGCAGCGUUGAUGAAAAUUCAACUAUAAAGACGCCAUGUUAAAAGCUGAUAAUAAUAAUUAGAGGCGCGGACAAAGUGACUGUGGUCAAUGGAAACGAUGAUCUGUGCGAGUGUGUUGGUAUGGUGACAUUGGUGCAACAGCAUCGACAAACGGACGAAAACCAAUAUUUAAAAGAUUCAAAUCAAAUAAGCAACGCCUCCAUUGAAAAUCGCGAUAACGAAAACUGUGGAGGUGAGAUAGUGCAUUCUUCUAUUGAUACCGUGGUUAACGUCACCGGAAAUGGCAGUCUUGCCGGUUCCUCUACGCAGUGCAGUAACAUAGAAGAUGACAGUGAGGAUGAUGAAACGGAUAUCGAUGAAGGAGAUUGGGUACCAGACUUACCCGUGCCGGCAGUGUUUAAGCAACAUCAAGAAGUGACCACCGUCGAUGGCAAUGUGGUGCUUCCAAAUGCAGAUGUUUCAAAUUUUGGUGAUGUGCGCGUGAAGAAUUCGAGUAACGUGCAUCUUGGUAACAAAACCUUCUAUAAAGGUCCAGUAACAAUAAAGCAGUUCGUUUACACGAACCCGACUUCAAUACAGGAACCCAAUACGGCGAAGAGCGAUAAUGUUCAAGCAUCGAAUGCAAAUACCUCUGAUUUGUCGACUACCAAAGGAGCUUCGACUGCGAUCUUAUCACAAAAUCCUGAUCUCCGUAACGUAACAAAAUGGUUGUGGACCUGGCGAUGCGCAGCGUUUUUGUGUUUACUAGCUUUGCUUCUUAUAAUUGUCGUUGUCAUUGCGAAUGUAUACCUCACGCGCAAUUCUACUACUACAACAUCUGUAGGUUUUCCGCAAAUUCCAGAUUCUGGACUCGGAGAUAAAGUAAAAAAUGUUCGUUUCAUUGAACGAAGUGAAUGGGGUGCUCAACCACCUACGAAAGAUUUAACAAAGAUGAAACUUCCGGUACCGUACGUGAUUAUUAGUCAUACGGUAACUGAAUUUUGUAAAACACAAGCGCAAUGUACAUUUCACGUUCGAAAUAUACAAACAUAUCACAUAGAAUCUAGACAAUGGUCGGAUAUCGCUUAUAACUUUCUUGUUGGUGGCGAUGGAUAUGUAUACGUUGGUCGCAGUUGGGAUUUUAUGGGCGCUCAUUCCUUUGGAUUCAAUAAUAUUAGCAUAGGUAUUUCUUUUAUCGGAACAUUCAACACUGUAAUACCAUCUAAAAGUCAACUGUACGCUGCGCAACGACUUAUCGAAUUGGGCAUUGAAAAUGGUAAAAUUGCGCCGGAUUAUAAAUUAUUAGGACACCGACAAGUUUCGCGGACUUUGAGUCCGGGAGAUGCAUUAUACAGUGUCAUCCAAACUUGGCCCCAUUGGUCACCAUCGCCAUAAAAAAAUCUUUCUUUUUGUACAAUACGAUAUAUCAGUGAUAUUUCAAAUGUAUUCAAUUAUAUAUUCUUAUGGUCCGAAAUACAGAUGGACAUUUGUAUAAAUUUCGAACAAUUAAAUUCUGUUUGUAUUUAUAUCUUCGUGUAGCAAUUUAGUAUGUAUGUUACUUUAUUAAUAAAAUUUGAACUAUGACAUUUUAUAUAAAUUUAUUGUAAAUUAAUCUGCAGAUAUUUAAAUAUAUCUGAUAAAAUGUUAAAUAAAGUAUGAAACUAUAAAGGUGAUAUAA